AUGCUGAGGCGUCUGUCACGGACGGCGCCUGCGUUGGGCCUGCGGCGGUCGGCGGCACGUGAAAAGCGGCUUAAAGACCGCAUCGCCGCGCAGUUGGAAAUCGAGGCGCAAGUGAAGUCCAGAGUGGCCUGUUAUCCGCAUCGCUCCCUCACACGGCCCGCGCUGCGUCUGGACAAAAACCAUAUAAAUACCCCGCUUUUUCACUCGCAGCUUCUCAAUUUGAAGAAAAUGGCGACUGACUUGCGGUGUAUUUCCUUCAGUGCCCCAAAAGGGCACUGGGACGCCACGGUUGUGCUUAUCAAGAGCCAGCCAGAUGACGAGGCGUUUGAGGUGUGGGUGAGCCCCAGCGUUCCUGGCUACGACGACCGAACCUCCAUUGCUCCCAUGUACGGGAUGUGGGAAAACUGUAUUUCGUGUGGGGCGACCACUGCCUGGGUCCUUCGACCGCAGUCUAUCACGUGUAAUGGGUGGGAUGAGUAUGGAAAUGAGAAGGCGGAGGUGCUGGAUGGCAUGCGGGCGAGGUGUCUCAUGCAUGAAUUAGAUCACCUGCAUGGAAAAACGAUUAUGCAACAGGCGUUGGGACCGGAAUUUAUCGUUAGCGGUAUAUCUAUGGGACAGAGAGACUUAUGGCCGCCCAAUUUUCCCUCCGCCGAGGCGUAUAUGACCGCUCCACUCCAGUUCUUUGAUUACGUUAAAAAUACUCCUAUUGUUCCUCCAGGGAUGGAGUGGUGGUUUGCACAAAACAUGCAGCAGCAGUUUGAAGACGCCCGCCUGAACCAAUAG